CUAAGAUUACUGAGAGAACGCUAUUUUUGGCCAGGAAUUACAACAGAUGUGGAGAAACAUGUCACAGGAUGUAAUCGAUGUUUAAGGAGAAAGACAACAGUGAAUACAAGGGCACCAAUGAUUAAUGUGAAUACAACUUAUCCAUUAGAAUUAGUGUGCUUUGACUUUCUGUCAGUUGAACCAUCUAAAGGACAUAGUAACAUCCUAGUGAUAACGGAUCAUUAUACCAAAUUUGCCAUGGCCAUUCCGACAAAGAACCAGACAGCGAAAACAACCGCCGAAGCCUUUUUUAACAAUUUUGUUGUUCAGUAUGGUAUUCCAACAACUUUACACUCUGACCAAGGAGCCAAUUUCGAAUCACAGAUAAUCAAAGAGCUCUGCAAAUUAACCAAUACAAAGAAAACUCAUACUUCUAUUUACCAUCCUCAAGGAAACGGAACUCCAGAAAGAUUUAAUAGAACAUUACUAGGCAUGCUUGGAACAUUAGAGAAUGAUCAGAAGAAACAUUGGACUGAUUACAUUAAGCAUCUGGUAUUUUGCUACAAUUGUACUCCACACGAAUCGACAAGAGUAUCACCUUUCGAAUUAAUGUUCGGACGUAAAGCAAAAUUACCCAUGGACACCAAGUUUGAACAAGUAACAUCAGAAUUCAAGACCAAAGAAACCAAAGAUUACAUUGAACAUUUAAAGAUGAGAAUGAAGAGGACAAGAGAAAUAGUUGAACAGUAUGUAGAAAAUGCCAAAGGUAAGCAAAAGAAGUAUUAUGACAUGAAAGCUCGAGCAGCAAGAGUUCAAGUAGGGGAUAAGGUUCUUGUAAAAAUCCUAUCCCAUACUGAAGGAAAACACAAACUGGUAGAUAAGUUUGAAGAGGAAGUUUUUACUGUCCUAGAACAAGUAAAUGACCAUAUACCAGUCUAUCGUGUCAGGUCAGAAUCAGGUAAGGAGAAAACUCUGCACAGGAAUCAUCUGCGCCUGUUGGUUAAUCAGGAUGAAGCAGAAGAGUUCCGGGAUAAUCAGGAGACUACUUCAGGUAACAGCAUACCUGUAGACGUAGCAGAAGAAGAAGUAGAAGAAUUAUCAGACAAGAAGACCAUGGAUGCAUCCAAAGAAGUAGAAAAGAUGGAAGACGAUGAUGAGGAUGAGUCUGAUGCAGGAGAUCUUGUAUAUUUUUCAAGAGGUGGGGACGCCCAUAUCCUAGCUGACGACAUAGAUAUGUCUAGAGAAGAAUCAAGGACGGAAAACAUAGAUAUGUCUACAGAAGAAUCGAGGAUAGAAGACAGAGAUGAUAUUUCUAGUGAAGUUCCCGGAGAACAACGAAACGAAGAUAGGGAAGAAUUAAUACAAGCAGAGGAUAGAGUAGAUGACGUUGUUGAAGAUGUUCCUGAAUCUACAGCAGGGAAUGAAGAAGAGAACAACGAAGAAGAGAUGCCUGAAAACGUACCUCAUCAAGUAGAUUUGUCGCAAGAAGCUGACAUUACUGAAGAACCAGACAUUACUGAAUACCCUAUACAAGAUCAAGAUAAUAAUAAUCAAGAAGAAAUUGAAGUCCCUAUAGAAAUGGAUGAAGCACAACCGAUAAGGACAGAGACAUCUACAUCGGAUACUAGAGCUCCAACACCAAAACCAAGACAAUCUGUCAGAGAGAGACGACCUCCAGAUCGGUAUAAGGAUUACCAGAUGAAUGCUUGUGUGGUACCAAGACCACAAGAUGCCAGGUUUGAGGCAUUAAAUAAAUUGAUUGCCUCAGGUGUUUUAAAUCAAUUAGACAGUAAGACAGCUGGACGUAUGGUUUCUAGUAUUUUUCAAUGAAAUUUUCAUUAAAAAUUUGUUUUAACAUAUUUUAAACAAUAUUGUGUAUGUAUUUUGUGUGUAUUUUAUAUCAGAUGUUGUUUUUUUUUUUUUUGCAAGGUUCGGGCAGUAUUAUUCUGAUUAAUAAUUAUCAGAAAGAGUUAUCUCUGAAAUAAAUUUCAGUGAGUUUUCAUGCGAGUGACGUGAUGUUAUUUUUGUAACUUUCUUAUUAACAAUGUGAAUUGCUGAUAUUGCAUAUAGUAUCAAUUGAUUUUUUUAAUGUAUUAUUUUAAUGUGAGGACACAGUUCUGAAGAGCAGGAGGAAAAGAGUCAGAAUCAUAUUUAUACAUUUAUGUAAGCAGUAGCACAGCACCCGCAGAGAAUUGUAUAAGAUUGAGAGAGAGUUCCGUACACAUUCCACAAAUGGUAAGUGAGAACGAGAAAGAGUUGAGAUCUCAUGUAAUUGUAUGUUUAUGCUGUAUAUGUACCAUUUAUCAUGUUACCAGAUCUUUUAUAUAUAUUUCAUUGUAACUUGUUAAAGGCCACACAUGAUAUGUUUUAUAUAUUUGUUACUUUGCAUAUAAUAAUAUAGUGUCUGAUACCAUGUUUAUAUAUG